AUGGAGCCCGUUUUCCUCGCGUCGGGGGUCUUGGUUGCUGGGUCUUUCAUGACCUGGAAGCUCCUCUACGGUAGUGGACGGCAUGGAGUUGAACAGAAAGUCCAACCUCACAGGACAUUCGAACGGAAGGCCAAGUUGGACCUGGAUGAAGAGCUCUGCCAGCAGUACAAGAGCCUCUACUUCAAGUUGCACAACCUGGAACAACACAACGACGUUCUCCCCGAAGCAAAGAAGCUUCUGCUCUCCUUCUUUUCAGAUGCCUUGAAGUCAGAAAAUUUCAGAUCAGAGGGUGAUGACGGCACUUCGAUUCUCUCCAUCACAGACUACUCGAAUAAAGCCCUGGACAACUUUGUACAUGCUCAGUUGGAUGCCGCGACGACUGAGUGGCAACAUUACCUGGCCCGGCGCAAGAAUGGAAGUCCCCGUGAGCUCUUCGACGACGCCGCCGAAGCCCGCCAAUGGCUCGUGCAGAAAGCUCCUCACAAACUGGUCGACGGUGCUUGGCUGGGACAUGUCCACAGAGCAACCGCUCCAUUCGCAUAUCGCCGGGUCACCAAGGCCGCUUGGCAGGUUCUUUCCGAGGAACUGGGAGACGGAGACCUGGCCAAGUGUCACGCGUACGUGUAUGCGCGCCUGCUCGAGAAGGUCGGGUCCCCGGUUCCCGCUCCGACAUCCGCAAACUUCGUCGAGAAUACGACAGUGACCGAUACUGGACUCUGGCGGUCGGCAGUGGCGCAGUUGCUCAUCUCGCUCUUCCCUGACGAGUUCCUCCCGGAAAUCCUUGGCUUCAAUCUUCAUUUCGAGAUGCUUACUUUGGAGACCCUGAUGGCGGCAAAGGAGCUUCGCGAGGUCGGAAUAGACCCGUACUAUUUCACCUUGCAUGUUACAAUCGACAAUGCCGACACGGGCCAUACAGCCAUGGCCAGCCGCAUCGUUGCAGAUUACCUGGAACUCAUCAGCGCAGAGCAUGGGCCCGCGGCCACACAACAGGCCUGGAAGCGCGUUCAGGCCGGGUUCCUGAUGUCUAAAAACGUGCACCACAGUUACAACGACAAGCUCACGGAGCGAAUCGUCACCAUAUUCACGGCCAAGUCCAUUGCGUCGCACCGGAUUCAUGACCAUUGCACCAUGACCCUUGGCGGCCAAUCGCUCAGCAAGUGGCUGGAUCCGACCCUGUUCCACCGACUUGACUGGCAGGCAAAGUUCCUGAAGUGUCUGAGAAACGCCAAGCCUUGGAUUCACAAAGGAAAUAGCAGCAAGAGCCGUCUUGUGCGUCAGCUGUCCUGGGGCGGGUCCAUGUUCGGUGCCUUUACCGAUCGGGAGGUGGUUGUGGUGAAGGAUUGGAUCGACUCUCUUGUGCCAGCUGGCCCGGAGACAUACCAGACGUUUACGGGCCAUUUGGGUACUCCUGAGUCAUCAGAGCGUUCUUCUCUUCCAUCUGCGAAGGAUGCGCGAUCAUUCGCCGACAUUUUCGCCUCCAUGGAUGAGGCGAUCGAACUGGACCUCCCGCUUGCACCCCUGGCCCUGGACCCGUCAGACAUUAACGUCGGCAAGCUUCUUCCACUAUGGUUCGCACAAGCGGGUCUGCUCGAUUUCGCAGUUUCUGUACCCUGGUACGUGGCCGACGAUGUUGGGUGCGCAAUUGUCCGAACUCUGCGAGCCCAGUACGGCUUUCUGCCAGAGCCGACGGGGGUAGAUGGUGUGGAUGAAAUGCGGCGCGACGACUCAAUCGACCUCAUCGACAUUGGCAAUGACCUACUUUGCAGACACGAUCCAGAUUGCGCUCAACCAUCGUGCAUGUCAGACGUGCUGAAGCGAUGGCCGUCGCCUUUUGCGGAAGCGAUGUUGGCAGCUGCGCAGAGGCCGAGGGAGCUCGGUUGGGUGCUUCUCGGGAUGGCGCAAGCAUUCACGAGACUGCAUGAUGUCGUUGCAGCUUCGUACACACUGCUCUCGAGCCCAAAGCGGGAAGCUCUUGGUAAGAUCGCGGCAAGGGAGCAGGAAGGUCUGAAGGCUUGCACGGACACAAUCUCCAGCGGAAGCCCGCAAGAUCGCGACUUUAGGAAGGGCUACCAGCUGGGCGUGAAGCAAAUCAUGUCUUGCCUUGCGUAG